AUGCCUCUUUGGAUCAACUACUAUAACCAGGACCACCAUUGGAGACUGGGGCCGAUCUCUUGCAGCAUCGCAGGGUUUUUCUACUAUUCCAACAUGUACAUCAGCAUCUAUCUACUCUGCUGCAUCUCUGUGGACCGCUGCCUGGUGGUCACAUACCCCUUUCGCUCCAAAACCCACCGGACGUCCCGUUACGCCUGGCUGCAGUGCUUGGGGGUGUAUGUCGUUGUGACACUAUUGCAUGCUAUGGUGCUGUACUGCGACAACUUGACCGACGCACACGAUGAAGUCAACGGCAACGACAGAUGCUAUGAGACCUUCCCAAUGACUCUCAACUGCGUGGUGGACCCGGUGCUCUAUGUGCUGGUCAGUAAUGGGGUUCAGAAAGAAGUCAAGACGUGCUGGACGAGGCGCACGCAGACACAAACCGAGGACUGUGUAAUUUAA